AUGAAGUGCAAUCUUUCCGCGUUUACCUUUUGCUUGAUGUUCAUCCACUUUGCCACGUCCGCACCAUUGCCGGACAGCAUCGACUACGAGAAACCGUCGGCAUUGCUGCCUCGGACAUCCUUUGGAGGGGGCAGCGUGGUGCCAUCAUCAAGCACUAGACGUAGCAGGAAACACGACGAGGUACAAGGGAGAUAUGACGUAUAUCACCUUCGCGACCUCGAAGAUCCUGUUUUCGUGUCAGCGUUCCAAUUGCCGACCCGUGAAGGAACAUCAAUAGAACGAACUCCAGACCUAGAUGAUGCUUCCGUCUCAGAGGAGCAAGUAUGCUUCAAUCAGAUUAGAGCGUCGACAGAUAGAACGACUUGGGAUAUCAUGACAUUGGCACAAAAGCAAGCAACAAAACUUGAGGGAAAUCUAUAA